UUUAUGUAUUUUUUGUUUUUUUUUAAACAUUAUAAUCAAAUCCAGAUUGGUUUUAAGUUAAAUAGAAUGACGCGGCUGCGAUAGCGAAGCCACUGUCCUGAUAGACAUAAUCUAUCCAGCUUUCCACGCCAACGUAGCGUGUCCGUCGUUUAUGCAAGCGCAGUUAGUUUGGUGGAUAAACCAGUGGUCAAAAGGCGAAAGCGCCAACGGUGACAAUACGAAUUGGGUAUAUUGUCUUGUUCCUUGUUCUGCCCAGCUACCCAUUCUAUUAAGCUACAUUUGCCAAAGGGUAGAAGGUCCGGCUGUGUGCUACAAAGGUCGACAGCAUUCUUCGGUAUCGCUACAGCUUGGAAACGUGGUAACUAUGGCGCCUCGGGGUCAACUGAGAAUAGCGAAGGACACCGAAAGCGAUAAUAGACCCAACGUCACGGUUUCCACACGACACCAACAACAGUCGACAAAUCGGCAAAGGACGAGGAUCGAAGAGUCUUCAAUUAGUUCAGGAGAUCGUAAUGAUCAAGUGUCUGAGGCUUUGGAAGGUUUCACGGUUUUCGCCCUUGCCGACAAGACGAAGCAGAAAGCGGAAACAAGAAUCAAAAGACGACAUCGACGUGGAACUGAGAAGGUCUAAGCGCACGCUCAUAAUGAUGAAUUCUGGUAUCCUGGGAGGGUUAAACCGUUGAUACGCAGAAGUGAAGUGACCAUAAGUGAUUAAUUUUAUGAAAUAUUCAAGAAGAUAGUGAAAAUAUCACUUUCGAAUUUCUUAAAUAUCCAAUAAUUUUGUAUUUGUGCUUUCAAAAGCAGCUUGAAUUGUUCUAAUUAAAAUCAAGCAUUCUUAUGAAAAUAUCUACUUGUAAAUUAAAUAUUAAGAGAAUUUGAGGCUUUCCAAAGAUCUGUUGCAUAGCAUCCUUCUAAGUAAACUGUGGUAUCGAAUGAUAUCUGAAAGUUAAAAUAAUAUACUAGCCGAGCGUUCGUGGUCAGUUACGUUUCGGACUUCCAACUA